AUGCGUGAGAUUGUUCACCUUCAGACCGGCCAGUGCGGUAACCAGAUUGGUGCUGCCUUCUGGCAAAACAUCUCUGGCGAGCACGGUCUCGACAGCAAUGGCGUGUACAACGGCACUUCCGAGCUCCAGCUCGAGCGUAUGAGCGUCUACUUCAACGAAGCCUCCGGCAACAAGUACGUUCCCCGCGCCGUCCUCGUCGACUUGGAGCCCGGUACCAUGGACGCCGUCCGUGCCGGUCCCUUUGGCCAGCUUUUCCGCCCCGACAACUUCGUCUUUGGCCAGUCCGGUGCCGGCAACAACUGGGCCAAGGGUCACUACACCGAGGGAGCUGAGCUCGUCGAUCAGGUUCUCGAUGUCGUCCGUCGCGAGGCCGAGGGCUGCGACUGCCUCCAGGGCUUCCAGAUCACCCACUCUCUUGGUGGUGGUACCGGUGCCGGUAUGGGUACCCUCCUGAUUUCCAAGAUCCGUGAGGAGUUCCCCGACCGCAUGAUGGCCACCUUCUCCGUCGUUCCCUCUCCCAAGGUUUCCGACACCGUCGUCGAGCCCUACAACGCCACUCUCUCCGUCCACCAGCUGGUCGAGAACUCCGACGAGACCUUCUGCAUUGACAACGAGGCUCUCUACGACAUCUGCAUGCGUACCCUCAAGCUCUCCAACCCCUCUUACGGCGACCUGAACCACCUCGUCUCCGCCGUCAUGUCCGGUGUCACCACCUGCCUCCGUUUCCCCGGUCAGCUGAACUCUGACCUGCGCAAGCUCGCCGUCAACAUGGUUCCUUUCCCCCGUCUCCACUUCUUCAUGGUCGGCUUCGCUCCCCUGACCAGCCGUGGCGCCCACUCCUUCCGCGCUGUCAGCGUUCCCGAGCUCACCCAGCAGAUGUUCGACCCCAAGAACAUGAUGGCUGCCUCUGACUUCCGCAACGGUCGUUACCUGACCUGCUCUGCCAUCUUCCGUGGUAAGGUCGCCAUGAAGGAUGUCGAGGACCAGAUGCGCAACGUGCAGAACAAGAACUCGUCCUACUUCGUCGAGUGGAUUCCCAACAACGUUCAGACCGCCCUUUGCUCCAUCCCCCCCCGCGGCCUCAAGAUGUCCUCCACCUUUGUCGGUAACUCCACCGCCAUCCAGGAGCUCUUCAAGCGUGUCGGUGAGCAGUUCACUGCUAUGUUCCGUCGCAAGGCUUUCUUGCAUUGGUACACCGGUGAGGGUAUGGACGAGAUGGAGUUCACUGAGGCUGAGUCCAACAUGAACGAUCUCGUCUCCGAAUACCAGCAAUACCAGGAUGCUGGUGUUGACGAGGAGGAGGAGGAGUACGAGGAGGAGGUCCCUCUUGAGGAGGAGGUUUAA